UAGACUAAGUUUCAUUUUAGCAAUUCUAAAAUUUUAUUCCCUCCAGAUCUAAAACCCAUCUCUGUCUAAACCCAUUAUUUUUCUAAAAGUUAAUUUUCCUCUAAAAAUCUUCUGACAAUUUCUCCCUUCAUUUCACCACCUGAACCCUAGUUUCUCCCUUCAUUCCAUCCACUCUCUCCCUCUUCUUUCAUUUCUCCUUUAGAUUGCCCAGUGUUUUCCUUUUUCUUUCAGAUUCGUAGUCGGCGGACAAAGCUGCAACGAUGGUUCUACAAACCGGCAGACAGCAGAGCUCAUAACGUCACGGUCGAUAGCUUCGAAAGAUAAAGCGGAUUGCACCUGUUAGGAUGAUAAUGUGGAUUGAAUGCAAUAACAGUUUGUGUUGGAAAAACAAUUUUCUAUUAUGCAAAGUUGUUAAUCUCCAAAUUUUGUGUUAGAGUUUGCAGCUGAGAACCAGUGGAAACAUGCUCUUUUAAGCAUUGUGUCGCAUCUCACUUGAAGGUUCUUAAAAACACUCAAGAUUGUUAAUGGCAGCUGGUAGUUAAGGGAAUAGUUAGAAACUCUAACAUAGUUGGCAGUAACAUUACUGGUUUCUCUUUUAAGUAUUGCAAUCCCACAGUUAUCAAGGAAUAUUUUUGAAUGGAUAAGUCUUGGAUAACUAAGCCUCGAAAUAUAGUUGAAUACUCAAUUGGUUUAGAAAAAUUCUUAGAUUUUGCUUUUGAGAAUGGAGCUUCUGGAGACACAAUUCGAUGUCCAUGCCCUAAAUGUGGGUUUGUGAAAUGGCAAACUAGAGGCAUAGUUGAAGAGCACUUGAUUUUAAAACAAUUUCCCAUAAAUUAUGUUAUUUGGAAUCUUCAUGGUGAAAGGCAAAGACAAGAUAUUUCUAGAAAUGAAGAUGAGUAACAAGAGGCAUUUGAUUUUGAAAAUGCAAUGGAAACAAUGAUAAAUGAAGCAUUUGGACAUUAUAGGCAAGAAGGUACUAAUAUAGGCAGAUCACAACCAUUGGGUGAAGAUGAUGUUAGUAAUGAAAGGCCAAGGGAGAAUCAUAAUGAAUUUAAUGAGUUUCUCAAUGACGGAAAUCAAAUAUUGUGUGAUGGGAGCAAGUACACAAAAUUAGAAUUUGUAAUCAAAUUAUAUCAUAUCAAGGUUUUUUGUGGAUUAAGUGACAAAGCAAUGACUAUGAUCCUAGAUUUGCUAAGAGAUGCAUUUAGUGAAGCAAAGUUGCCUCUUUCUUUUUAUGAGGCUAAGAAAAUCAUCAACAAACUUGGUCUUAACUAUACCAAAAUAGAUGCAUGUCCGAAUCAUUGUAUGUUAUAUUUAAGAGAUGAUGAAAAAGAUUUGCAAACAUGGAAACAUUGUGGUACAUCUAGUUGGAACCCAAAGAAGAAAAAAAAGCAACCUGCAAAAGUUUUACGUUACUUUCCUUUGAAACCAAGAUUGCAAAGAUUGUUUAUGUGCUCUAAGACUGCAGAGCAUAUGAGAUGGCAUUCUUUAGAGAACAAGGAUGGAGUUAUAAGGCAUCCAAGGGAUGGUGAGGCAUGGAAGACAUUUAGUGUAAUGCAUCCUGAAUUUGCUUUAGAUCCUCGAAAUGUUCGCUUAGGCCUUGCCAGUGAUGGUUUUAAUCCUUUUGGCACUAUGAGUUCUAUUUAUAGUAUUUGGCUAGCGUUUUUAAUUCCGUACAAUCUUCCACCUUGGCUUUGUAUGAAGCACACUUCAUUGAUUCUGUCCAUGAUCAUUCCAGGUAAGCAGAUGCCUGGAAAUAGUAUUGAUGUGUACUUACAACCCCUUGUGUUUGAGUUACGUGAGCUAUGGAAUGAUGGGGUGGAGACCUUUGAUUCUUCAUUGAAUGAAACUUUUAGAAUGCGAGCAGCUCUUAUGUGGACAAUUUGUGACUUUCCUGGCCUUGGUAUUUUAUCUGGUUGGAACACACACACAAGUUUAGCUUGCCCUACUUGUAACUUUGAUGUAGAACCUUGUCGUCUUCCUCAUAGUAGGAAGUAG